AUGUAUGCAGCAAGACUCCUUUCCAUGUACAGAAGGAAUCCUAGUGCUCUUUCAGAUCCACCACCAUCAGGGCCAAAUUCAGGUUAUCUUGUAAUCUUAGAUGAGGAAGCUCAAACUUACUGUUGUUUUGGUUCGUGUGAAGACAACGAAAUCACAGAUUUUCCUUUCCCUCAGAACAAAAAUUUAACCAUGUAUUCUUCAUUAGGUGAUAGCAUCAUAGAACCAGCUAUGUUUCUUCCGGUAUUGAAUCAACCAUUGUCUUCGAAUCGCUACUAUGUCAUAAAAACGACGGGGAGGAAUCAAGGCAAAGCUAACACUAGCUCAGCGGAAGAUGACAUGAAUACGAGUUUAUGUUGCAUUGGCAUCGAUGAUGUUAAACCAAAACCGUUGGAGCCCUUCAACGAUUAUCAGCAGAUUGAAAUAAUCAAGAGAUCAAGUUUUCAUGCAAAAUCUAUUGCCUCGGAUGGAAUUCCACCUGGUUUAUUAAGAGACAAAGGUGGUUGGAGAGUUUAUGCUAGCACUCCCUACAAUUACCAUUUAGAGCAAGCUUUAGGCUCAAAUGAUUCCUUGCGUUCCAAGAUACCAAAUUUCAACUUUCCAAUGACCAACGAUCGUUCUGAAUCAGUGGUUGUUGGAAAGUGGUAUUGCCCUUUUAUGUUUGUGAAGGAAGGAAUGAAACUAAAAGAGCAAAUGAACAUGACAGUUUUCUAUGAGCUAACACUUGUGCAAAGGUGGGAGAAGAUUUUUACAAAGGAAAAUGAAAACAAUGGAGAGAAUAAUGUACUUGUAGAUGUUGCUAUACAGACAGAAGUUGCUAAGGUUGUAGGAAAGGAUGCUAUUUGGGAUGAAAACAGAUUGGUUGAUGGUGUUUUAUGGUUUAAGAGUGUUGAAGAUGUUGGAGAAGAGACAAGUGUUGGAUUGAGUUUGGAAGUUGUUAAAGCAAUGAAAUGGGAACAAGAAAGAUUUGGAUGGAUUGCUGGGAAUGGAAGACAAGUGAGGGUAACAAAAGUUGAAGAGUUUGAUGGAAUAAACAAAUGGAAGAAAUUUAGUUGUUAUGUGUUGGUUGAAAGUUUUGUAUUAAAGAGAAUGAAUAGAAGAUUGGUGUUAACUUAUGAUUACAAACACUCGCAUCAAAUUAGGAGCAAAUGGGAUUGAUUAUCUUCUCAAGCAUUUUACUCUAUUCUUAGGUUUUCUUUUGAAUUGUGCACU